CGAUAACUAAACAAAGUAAACACAUUUGAUGGACUUCGCCAAGAAAAUAUUAGGAAAAUAUGGAUGGAAAGAAGGCGACGGAUUGGGAAAGAAUAACAAUGGCAUUGCAGCUCCAUUGAAAGCCAGUCUAAAGUUUGAUAAUGCCGGUCUGGGCGUUGAUCGUGCCACAGAAUUCAACGAUCAUUGGUGGGAACGUUGCUUCAACGAGGCGGCAUCCAACGUGACCGUGAAAGUGGAGCAAAAUGGUGAAGUGAGCACAUCACGCAAAGCAGGCGAGGAUGCUGUAGAAAUCUCCACGAAAGGCUACUCUGCUCGUAAAUUAAAGAAGGCCAAGGAUCAGCAGCGAGAGGCCGAAGGUGGUGCUAUAUACGAACACUUUCUGAAAUCGGCGCUACUUACCCAAAGUGGAGGUGAAGUGACCGACUCAGAACGCAUUAAGCCAGAAGACAUUGCUGUUUCCCAAGUCCACGUUAUGACGGACGAUGAACUGUUCAAGGCUUGCGGUGGACGAACCGCCCACAAAGGAGCGCGCCAUGGACUCAAAUUGAGUGGAAAACUGGCUCGUUUGGAGCAACAGGAGCGGGAGAUGCUGGCCAAGCUGCAGGCCAAGCAAAAUGAACCCCAAGAAGUAGAGCCGACAAAAACCAAGAAGAAGAAACGUAAAAAGGACAAAAUAGAGCCAACAGAACUGGAGCAAGAGGAAGUGGCUGAGAAAGAUACGGAUGAAACCGAAUCAACGAAGUCUGUUAAAAACAAAAAACGCAACAUUGUGGAAACUGUCAAUGAUGAAACUACGGAACCUGUCAAGUCGAAAAAAAAGAAAAAGAAGCAUAAGGAAACAGAAUAGUUGCUGUACAUACAAAAUGUAUUUAGUUAUAAUAAAUCUAUGUGGGCCAUUU